GCUGACAUGAGGAUGCUCGUUCACACUUUCACUCUGUGCCUGGCUCUCUCACUGAGCUUUGCUGCUCCCUCGCGUCAUCAGGAAGGCCAUGCUCAAAAAGAAAAACCUCAUGAUGAUAAAGGACAUAGCCAUGAAUCACACCAUGGAGCUCAGCUUGACCGCCGUGCAGGAAUGGAGUUUGAUGCAGUUGCUGUGAACGAGGAGGGAGUUCCUUAUUUCUUUAAGGGUGACCACCUAUUCAGGGGUUUCCAUGGCAAGGCUGAGCUGUCUAAUGCAACCUUCCCUGAGCUGGAUGACCACCAUCACUUGGGACAUGUGGACGCUGCAUUCCGAAUGCACUCUAAGGACAGUCCAGACCACCACGACCACCAGUUCUUCUUCUUGGACAACAAGGUCUUCAGCUACUACAAGCACAAGUUGGAGAAGGGUUAUCCAAAAGAUAUCUCUGAAGUUUUCCCUGGAAUCCCUAACCACUUGGAUGCUGCAGUGGAGUGUCCCAAGCCAGAGUGUCUCGAUGACACCAUAAUCUUUUUUAAAGAUAAUGAUAUCUACCACUUCAAUAUGACGACCAAGAAGGUUGAUGAAAAGGAAUUCAAAGGCAUGCCCAACUGCACAGGAGCCUUCCAUUACAUGAAACAUUAUUACUGCUUCCAUGGACAUAAGUUCUCCAAGUUUGACCCCAUGACAGGAGAUGUCCAUGGAAAAUACCCCAAGGAGACUCGUGAUUACUUCAUGAGAUGCUCACAUUUUGGUAAAAAUGUUGAUGACCACACUGAAAGAGAACAGUGCAGCCGUGUGCACUUGGAUGCUAUUACAUCUGAUGAUGGUGGCAGUGUAUAUGCCUUUAGAGGGCACCACUUCCUCAGCAUAACUGGUGAUAAGUUUCAUUCAGACACAAUUGAGAGUGCUUUUAAAGAAUUGCAUAGUGAAGUGGAUGCAGUCUUUUCUUAUGAAGGGCAUCUCUACAUGAUCAAGGACAGUAAUGUGUUUGUGUACAAAGUUGGAGAGCCACACACACAUCUGGAGGGCUACCCC